AUGCUCAUCAAGUCUGUUCCGGUCUUGGUGUCGUUGGGAUUGUCUGCUCGUGUUGUUGCUCAGCAGUACAACACCACCUCAACCGGCUUCAAAGGUUGCGAUGCCCUUCUCGAUGCCGGUCUCGAAGAUAUCCUGGUCUUCCCAGAGGACGUCGCAUACGUCGACAGCGUCUCGACCUACUAUGCAUCUGAGAAUCGCCGCCUUCGGCCAGUCUGCAUUGUGCAGCCUCGCUCAACCGACCACGUCUCCGAAGCGGUCAGGGCUCUGAGCCGAGCCAGCGGCGCCGGCAACUGGGACAUCGCCGUCCGAUCCGGUGGUCACAGCGACUUCGACAACAAUGCCGUCCAUCGAGGUGUCACCAUCGACCUUACCUUCUUCAACUCGACAGAUCUUGUCAAGCGUGACAGUGUUAAGUGGAAGGGCAAGAGUACACUGACCAAGUCAAUCGCCCAGAUCCGCCCAGGAGCUCGAUGGGGCGAAGUCAUGACUUACCUUGAGAAUCACAACCUGGGAGUUACAGGCGGCCGUUCCGGUCAUGUGGGCGUAGGUGGCCUGCUCGUCUCGGGAGGUGCUUCGUACCACACCCAACUCUGGGGUCUGUCAUGCGACAACGUCGUUAACUACGAGGUCGUCCUGGCCGAUGGAUCCGUCGUUGAAGCGAAUGCGAGGCAUAACCAGGACCUUUUCAAGGCUUUGAAGGGUGGCGGCAGCAACCUGGGUAUAGUCACUCGUUUUGACAUGCGGACCUUCACUACUCCUCCCUCUGGUGUUUACGGCGGCCUGCUUUUCACCUCAUGGGACCACUUGAACGUCGUCACUAAGCAGUUCGUCGAGUACGCCAGCUCCAUAGGCUCAGGCAACCCUGACCAUCAGUUUGUCGUCUAUCGAGCCGAUGCGGGCAAUCUCUCCCUCAUGGCCAUGGCGGUCAGCACUGACGGAAAUGAUGACUCUCCCACCUUUCGAGCCUUCAGCACCAUCCCCCUUACUAGAGACCUCAGGAAGAAGCAGCCCCUCAGUAGCGUCGCCGCAUCUAUCGCGGAUACUGGUGGCUCGAACUACAUCCCCUUUACUCUUAGCCUCCAAGCUACCACCGACAUGAUGAACAAGGCUGCUGACAUCUUUGUCGCUCUGACGCAAGAUCUGCGCGACGCAGACAUUCCAGUGUCUGUCAACUUUGUCUUCCAGCCUCUACCAAAGAACCUCGCUUCCGUUAUUCCUGGCAACAACCUCCUGGACCUUGACAAGAACCUGCCGGCUGAUUCAAUUCUCUUCGAGGCUAGAGGUACGCUGGCCGCUGACGAUGCCUCGUAUGAAGGUCUUGUGCGAGCCAAGAUGGCCCAGGCGAUCGGGGAGUUGGGAGCGUACUCGGCAUCGAAGGAUGGCCAUUCUGACUAUCUCUACAUGAACUACGCCAACCCCGAACAAGAUGUCAUUGGGUCGUACGGCUGGGAAAAUGUAAUGUUCCUGAAGAAGACGGCUCAGAGAUAUGAUCCGACCGGCUUCUUUCAAUACCGCAUUCCAGGCGGAUGGAAGGUCAAUCGCGUCCUGUAG